AGAAAAUCCGCUGUCCUUCGCUUCUGAAAAUUCAGGUACAAAAAGAGCUUGUCCUUAGUAAGGAAGUAGUAUUUAUUUUGGCUUAGAGAUUCGUGGCAUAGCGGCAAACCUUCCCCAAGCAUGUUCCUUCUAGACAUCGAAGACACUGAGUCGGACAAUUUCCCCUGGAGCCCCGAGCUCGCUGUUGAAGAAGAUGAUGGCACACCGGCGGCGACAGGCAUAGCUGACGAAAUAUCUACUGCUGACCACGCGCAGCACGACGCUCACGUCGAUGAACGUCGCGCGAAGCCCCUGCCGGUGAAAAACUUGAAAUGCCCGAAGUGCGAGCGGAAGCUGUGUUUGUGUCGCCACGUCAAGACACACCUGGACCGGUUGGUGGCGGAGCUGCGAAGCGGGCGAGAGGAUGCGCAGCAGGCUUCUGGGGUUUUGGCCGACGGCGCUCCUCGUCAAGCGGCUGUUGACUGUCAGUUGCAAAGCUGUCGGGUUUGGGUUUUGCAACACGUGCGGGAAUCGCAGAAGAACGCCAUCAGCAGCGUACCAGUCCUGAGAGCUUGUCUGGGGGGUCUAGAGCGAAGGCACGGGCAGGAGGACGCCACGCACCACGGCAGCACGCAUCGGAUCAAUUCGAUUCGCGUCCACACCACGGCGCCACCCAAACCGGGUUCGUCCGAAGGAGCGGCAGCUGCACCACAGCAAGAAAAUCGAUCUCCAUGGUCGCCCGAGUUUCCCGCAGCAUGGAAAAAUAUGCUGAACAGCCCGAAUACCGUCUUGCUGUGGCCGGGAGAGAAUUCCGUGUCUCUGGAAGACGUGGUGGCGGGAAUGAAGGGCGAUGAGCUUGAUAUUGCUGUUGCACCAGCGAGGAGUAGUUAUAUUGGAGGCGGCGCAACCCAUACGGAAGAUGAAAGUCAUAGUAGUGCACCGAGUUCUUGUUCUGUUGGCGAACAAGCACAGACCGAUCCUUACUCUACGCCACCGCGGGCUGUCGUUGCAUCGGAAGGCGCGACCACUGCGCGAACACAGCGUGCGUUGAAUACCCCUUUGACAGCGUCACGAAUGCCGGCUGGAAGUGAAAAACGAUGCGAGUACGAGCCCUUAGAUGAUCAUAUGCAAGACCCCGACGAAGGAGAAAAUUCCUCGGGUCGUGGAAGAAGUUUAUCUCCAAAAUGCCGUAUCAUCAGCCUCCUGGCGCUCGACGGCACCUGGAGUCAGGCGCGCCAGCUGUACCAGGCGUUACUCCACUCGUUUCCGGACGAGAUGGAAAGGAUGAAGCGGAUCCAUUUGAAUACGUCAUACGAAAAAUCGCUCUACGAGGGCAUCCGCAAGGAACCCAAAAAGGGCUUUGUCUCCACACUCGAGGCGGUGGCGCUGUGCCUUCCGCUGAUAGACGAGCGAAAUGCAAAAGUCGCGGAAUUCUUAACCAACUGCUUCGACGCCGUUUGCUCGGAAAUGAGGCGAUUUUCAGAAAGCUGCGACAGUGUUGUUGCAUUACAGAGUCGUGGGUGUAUAAGGAACGAGCAUGAAGGAGUCAAGAAUGCUAAUGGAGCAUCAGACGCAGCGAACCACGCUAAAACUUCUAGUACCAAGUGCCUUAUUUCUACUCCCGGACGCGGCGGCAAGAGUGCUGAGCACGACCUAUUGUUGAAAAAUGGGGCAGCGGGACGUCGAACCCUCUUCGACCACAACAAGCGAACCCCAAAAAUGGACCCCAAGUACUGUGAUACGAAGGAGCAGCUUUUCACGAUUGUCCGCGACGAGCGCGACCCGUUGACCAACAAAGUGACCUACGUCCCGGUAGACUUGGAAAGGGAACUUUUACAGUACGAAAACAUCGUGGACACGGUGCUGUUUCACCACGACGGUGGAUAUUUUUCAUCACCGCCAUCAGCUUAUAACUCGUGCCCCAACUCAAUCGAGGGUUCGACUUCUGAGGACGGCGGCGGGGAGGAGGAGGAGCACCAUCUCGCAAUUAUAUCGGGAGAUGAUGUUGCGGCCAAUGAAGCUACUGGUACAACUGAAGGAGGAACGGAGUCAACAAUGAAAUCAAAAGUACGAGCUGUAAAAAUGUUGACCAAAAAUAUACACACUCACGGGCUUUUUCACAAUGAAAAGUUUGGCACCUAUUCUGCCGUAAAGCAGUAUACAGAAAUGCUAAACCAGGUUUUGCAAAAGAAAAAAGGCGAGCGCUUCACUGUGCAGCCGAGUUUCCGGCUGAGGAAAUUGAAUACUGAAGUUGAGCAUUAGCAGGACCAGUGCUUCGGGCGAAUUUUUCUAUGUGACAGUGAUCUAGCUUUCCGAGCGACUUGUAAAGCACAUAAGCGACGAUUCAAGUUUUUGCUAGCGGCUCGAGAAGAUGCGGGAGCUUCC